AUGGAAUUUGAUGAUUUUGAAUGUGUAAAUUUAUCAGCAUCAUCUGAACUUGAGACUGCAUUAUUAUUUAGAACAUUGAAAUAUUCAACCAAUAAGAAAAUUUCUGAAUUUAUAAGUUCUUCAAAAUCGGAAUCAAAGAGUCUGAAAACUGAAUUACCAAAAUCGACUGGGGUGGUCACGUUGAUCGCCUAUUAUUUCGGAGAGAACCUAAACCAAAUAUUUAAGUGUUUCCAGAAAGAAACCACUUUUUCCCAGAUAUUAAAAGAUAUUCCAAAAUCUCCAUUUAUUGCUUGCAUAGGUAACACGGUAGCGACUGCUGAGACUUUUUACGUCAUCGCUGAACGAGAAGUGGUGUGUUCCUGUAAAUCGUUUUUUGAAGCGGUAGCUUUUCAGUUUGCUUCGUUCUAUGUUUUCAACAUAGAAUAUCCAAAGAAGGCCUUGCUGACGUUUGAUUUAUUCAGAGGUAAGAAAAAUGUGCUAGUCUACAGUGCUGAUAUAAUUCUUGCUGUUGGCACAAUGUACACGUUGUUGACGAAUUACCUGUUUCUUCUGUCAUGUAGUGUUAUUUGA